AUGCCAGGAAAACACCCCAAUGUCUGCCUCACCAAAGCACUCACACUGGGAGCAGCUUUGAUAUGUCACAUCGACGCUGUGAAGGCGGGGUUUCCAUCCAUCAAGAACCUGGUGACUUUUGGAGACUCAUUUAUGGAUGAGUUUGGUAUCGGUAGUGCCUACAAUGCCAAUGUAACCCACGAGUACGAUGGAGUUACAUACAUCAAAUCACCAGAAAGUGGAGAUUACGUCCCUCUCAUCACCGAAGAGACCAUGAUGUCUAUUUGGAUUGGUACAAACGAUGUUGGCUACGAUUCACUUUUGAUGAACCCUCAAGAGGGCGUGUCAGUCGUAAAUACAACUGCGUGUGUACUUGAUUGGAUGAAGGUACUGUAUGAUCAGGGUAUGCGUAACUUCUUGCUACAGAAUAUGAUCCCUCUCUACCGAGCGCCCUUUUACUCGCCGGAUGGGUAUAAUAACAAGUACUGGAAUGUACCGCAUAAUCAAACCGAAUGGAGCAUUUUAAUGGCUGAAAUGGUUCAAGCUAGCAACGAGUUGUAUGCACUACGGACAAAGUACAUUGCCCCUUCACAAUUCCCGGGAGCACGGAUCGGCUUGUUUGAUUCGUUUGGGUUAUUCAACGACAUAUAUAAUAACCCAUGGAAAUAUCUGGUCGGUCCCGAUUACAACGUGAAGGAUGCAAUCAAUGCAUGUCGAUAUCCCGAAGGAAGCUCGGAACUGAUUUGCGUAAAUCAGCCACCAGAAGUACACGACUCGUUUCUUUGGUGGGACGAGAUCCAUCCUUCGGAACAGACAAACCGUGUUAUCGCUCGCCAUCUGUUGGCAGCUUUGAAAGGCACGAGUCCCUUUGUAUCUUGGUACGGGUCCGUGUAUGCGUCCUGA